UUCUGGCGUAGCAGUUUUGGUUAUUUUACUCACCUUUUUUAUAAAUUGUUCUCAGAAAUUAUUAUAAAAUGACAGUCUCAUAUGCGAAGGAUGUUGUCAGCAGUAAAGUCUUCGGCUGCUUCCUAAAAUUACUGUUCAGGUGGCGCGGCAGUGUUUACAAACUAAUCUGGAUGGAUUUGUUGGUCUUCCUUUCAAUGUACUUCGCACUUUCGAUCAUCUACCGAUUUGCUUUGAAUGAAUACGGCAAGACUCAGUUCGAGCAGAUCUCCUUGACGUGCGCCGACCACGCUGGGUACAUCCCGCUGUCGUUCGUGCUCGGCUUCUUCGUGACCCUCGUGGUGAAGCGGUGGUGGGAUCAGUACCUCUUGUUCCCCUGGCCGGAUACGCUGGCUCUCUUCGUUUCUACAUCACUUGCCGGAAAUGACAAAAGAGGAAGGAUGAUGAGGAGAACAAUCCUUCGCUACAUCAACUUCUCCAUGUCCUUUACCUUCUCCAUGAUCUCGCCUGGUGUCAAGAAUCGAUUUCCCACUCUAGCGCACUUCGAAGAUGCAGGUUUCAUUACUGAGAACGAGCGCGAGAUCUACUCGCGCAUGUCAGAGCGCACGCCGCACUCUGUAUACUGGAUGCCUAUGGCCUGGGCAGGAGCUUUGGUGUUCAGAGCGAGGAAGGAGAACAGAAUCAAGGAUGACAUCGCCAUGAAGACAAUCAUUGACGAGAUAACCAGACUUAGGAGCCGCUGUGGGUCCUUGCUUGGCUACUACGGAAACAACAUACCGCUUGUCUACACUCAGGUUGUGACGUGGGCCGUUUACGCUUUCUUCAUCACUAAUCUGAUGGGACGACAGUUCCUGGACCCACGCAAAGGCUACGAAAAGAACACCAUCGACUUCUACUUCCCUAUCUUCACGACGCUUCAGUUCACAUUCUACAUGGGCUGGUUGAAAGUGGCAGAAUCUCUUAUCAACCCAUUCGGCAACGAUGAUGACGACUUUGAGAUGAACUUCCUGGUCGAUCGCAACCUGCAGGUAUCGUACCUGAUCGUAGACGAGAUGCACAACGAGCACCCGGAGCUGAUUCAGGACAUGUACUGGGACGAGGUGGUGCCUCAGGAGCUGCCCUACACCGUCGCCUCUCAGGACNUUGGCACUCUGCGACGAAUACGUAGCGUUAGCCGCUGUCGCUCGAGGCCAGUCCUCGAGGCCUUCGUGGUGGCGCUCGUUCUGACCAGAUUGGACUAUGGUAAGCCACACUUUAUGGACUUACGAACACGGCAGUUAAUAAUUCAAUCCGUAAUGAACGCUACUGCGCGACUCGUGUGCAAGAAGCGAAAAUUCGACCACGUGACGCCGAUAUUGAGCGAUCUUCGAUGGCUGCGCAUGCAGCAGCGCACGCAGUUCAAGGUCGCUGCUCUGACGCACCGGUGCCUUCACAGUCUGAAGCCUCCUUAUCUCACGAAGUGUCUGCAGCGCGUGUCGAAUCUGCCUCUUAGAAGACGAUAG